UUGGCCCGGAGGCCAUCAGGUUGCUUAACCAGCCCUGCUGUGCAGAGUCCCACAAAGUCCUUCCCAUCAGAUACAAAACCAAAUGGACAGGUAGUUUUUGGAUUCCGUAACUUGUAGAGGCUUUUGAGUAGCCAAGUUGAAAGAUGAGACCGUGUCAAGUUGAAUUUAUCAGAGGAAGUCUGACAAAACAGGAGGCCCAGAAGGAGCCAGGCUGUGGAGGCUACCACAGCAGCCGUAGAGACUGCAUGCAGCUUGAAGAAAUGACACGGUGACAGGCAUGAUAGCUGGAGACCCCAGGAGCCAUCGGGACCAUUUUUUGACCGUGGGGCAGAUCAAGAAUGACCCAGAAGAACUCGAAGCUUUGUUCCAGGGCCAAUGUGUAUACCCAAGUGCCUGACGGAGGAUGGGGCUGGGUGGUAGCUGCUUCCUUUUUCUUCAUUGAAGUCUUUACCUAUGGCGUCAUUAAGUCGUUUGGUGUCUUCUUCAAUGACUUGAUGGACAGUUUUGACGAAUCUAACAGCAAGAUCUCAUGGAUAAUAUCGAUAUGCGUAUUCAUAAUGACAUUCACAGCUCCCCUCUCCACAAUCCUGACCAACCGCUUCGGACAUCGGCUGGUAGUGAUGGGAGGGGGGCUCCUCAUCAGCGUGGGAAUGAUUGCUGCCUCCUUCUCCCAGAGGGUCUACCAGAUGUACAUCUCCAUAGGGAUCGUCUCUGGUUUGGGGUACUGCUUUAGUUUCCUCCCGACUGUGACCAUUCUGUCGCAGUACUUUGACAAAAGGCGUUCGAUGGUCACUGCGGUUGCUUCUACGGGAGAGUGCUUUGCGAUGUUUGCUUUCGCACCAGCUAUCACGGCCCUGAAGGAGCACAUCGGCUGGAGAUACAGCCUUCUCUUCGUGGGCCUGCUGCAGCUGAAUGUCAUGGUCUGUGGCGCCUUGCUAAGGCCGAUUAUCAUCAAAGGGCCAGGCUCACCGAAAGCGAUCCCUCUGGAGCCCCGCAGAGAAGUUCAGUACAUGCUUGAAAACGAGAAAACACGGACCUCAAUCGACUCCAUCGACUCAGGGGUCGAGCUGACUACCUCACCCAAAAAUGUGCCUAGUGAAGCUAAAAGAGAGCAGGAAGUCAGGGUGGAACAGCAGCAGACCCUGGUGGUCGGCCCCAAGCACAGCCAGAAGAGAGCUCCGUUGCUGGACUUCUCCAUCUUGAAAGACAGAAGCUUCAUCUGUUACACGCUGUUCGGCCUCUUCGCCACCCUGGGCUUCUUCGCGCCUUCCCUGUACAUCAUCCCUCUGGGUAUCAGUCUAGGCAUCCACCCUGACCGCGCUGCAUUCUUACUGUCCACGAUGGCCAUUGCGGAAGUGUUCGGGAGGAUCGGGAUGGGGCUUGUCCUCAACAGAGAGCCCAUUCGCAAGAUCUACAUCGAGCUCAUAUGCGUCAUUUUACUGACGGUGUCUCUGUUCGCCUUCACCUUUGCCACCGAGUUCUGGGGCCUCAUGCUGUGUAGUGUGUUCUUUGGCAGUAUGGUUGGGACCAUAGGAGGGACCCACAUCCCCUUGUUGGCUGAGGAUGAUGUCGUUGGGAUCGAGAAGAUGUCAUCUGCCGCAGGAGUCUAUGUCUUCAUUCAGAGCAUUUCAGGGCUUGCGGGACCGCCCCUGGCAGGCCUGCUGGUUGACCAGAGCAAGAUCUACAGCAGGGCCUUCUACUCCUGUGCAGCCGGCAUGGCACUGGCUGCGGUGUGCCUCGCCCUGGUAAGGCCCUGUAAAAAGGGCCUGUGCCAGAAUCCUCACUCAGGUGAAAACCAGACAGACGGGCAUCGCGGGAAGGCGUUACAGGACAUACCGGAAGACUUUCUGGAAAUGGAUCUUGGGAAAUGUGAGCCCAGGGCUCAUAUGAAAAUGGAUCCCGUGUGACGCGUUUUUUUUCAGGUGGUAGCUUCUAUGUCGCCUGGGUAACGGAGCCCCUGGGGAUACUGGGAGGGGCAGGCGCCAACCACUAGACCACACCUUCGAAUCUGCAUGAAGGGAAUGCCUGUGGGACAGCAGAACCGGCAGCUGUCCCCUCCCCUCAGUCCCUUUUGCUUGUUCUUUAAGCCAAAACCAAAACAACCAAACACUCUCCAUACAGGCAUCCAGUCCUAUUCGGUAGCAAUACAGAGAUGAGCAGGAAAAGACCUGGUGGACAUGCCAACAAGAAAGCAGUACCACGAACUGACAAAGGACUGCUGCUGUUAACAGCACUCACCCCUGUGACAAACUACCAUUUCAUAAAGUGACAUCCAGCCCAAGUCACAGGGGUGAAUCAGCCAUUCUAAAAAGACCAAAAAAAAAGAAAAAAAAAAAAAAAAGGAAAAAAAAAACAAACAAAAAACCACACACACACAUACAAUCUUGAACCAUUAAAGAUGUUGCUAAUCUUCAGAAAUAAGAGGUGAAUCGUUUUUAAACGAUUUGAAAAAGAUAAGUAAUCUUAGUAAGUUUACAUUGACGGAUUGUGGCCUCUGAGUUUUCUAAACACCGCAUGCAAAGAAAGCAGUGCUUUUAAGGCCGAGCAUUUGAUUAAUAUGCAAAAAAAACAAAUUAAGCACGUAUGACAACUUGAACUUCAUAAACAGGAUCACUGCCGUUCUUCACGGCCAAUCGUUAUCACCACAAGAGUUUCAGUAGACAUGUGGGAUUGUCUUCGUAUUUCCUACUUCGUAUUUCAUAAUACAAGAAAUAAAUGACUGUUGUGUCUCUAAUUUAAACCACUAUUUAUUUUUAAGUUAUUCUAGGACGAUUAAAGCAAUCAAAUGAAAGGGCCGGCGAGAUGGCUCAGUAGGUAAAGGUGCUUGCUACCAAGUCCGAUGACCUGAGUUCAGUUCCUAGGAACCACACGGAAGGAAGAGAACCAACUUCCGGGAGUUGUCCUCUGACCUCCACACAUAUGCUAGGACACGCAGGCGGCCACACACACAUACACAGAAUAUUUAAAUGUAAAAAAGAAAAGCUAAUAAUCAAAAUAAAGAAAAGGCGAUCUGAGAUACACACAACAUAUUUUUACCUCUGUUCUGCAGCUCCGUAACUGCUUCGGAGAGCUUUCUCGGGUCUCGAUUUCCGCAGCCCAGGUUGUAACGAUUCUCCGGGGGUUGUUAAAGGCAACGUUGUGCUAUUUGGAGGGGGGACAACAGGAGGCAAAUGGCCUCUGCUUCUGCAUUGUCCGCUAAGAAUACUUGAGGCUCUUCUUCGGUCAGAAUUCUACUUCAUUGAAUUGUUAGAACAUUUCCAGUGGCUUGUCUGCUGUCGUUGUCAUCGUUGUUGUUAAUUGUUGUUCGAUCUGUAACUGCGGAAGCAUUUCUUCAUUGCGCCUGAAAUGGGAGACACUCAGACGUUACAAGUUGCAGUUUACAUCUUCUGUAGAACUUGGUCGCCCUAAGUUGCCAUGGGUACCUGGUCACUGCUGUCAGUGAGUUAAACUACAUGUGUCUAUAAUGUUCUGCACUCUAGCAGUUCUCUGUAAAGGGGGUAGGGUGAGGAUGAGGGGGGCUGCUUCCUCACCUGUUUGACAGCGUCUCCCCGACAGGGUGGUCGACGCUCGCUUCUUGACCUUUCCUCAUCUUUCCUGUUAAGGACAACUCAGGGGGAAACGUAGAACAAGCCUAGUCCGGUUACAGGUACACACAAGCUUGAAUCUCUUCUCUGCACUGAGACGGAAGUGGUGAGGUGCGUCACCACCCGCCACGUUUAAUACAGCAUCUUAUCAGCCAUAGAACUAGUAGGACAAUCUGUAAAACUUGGGGGAGGGCGAGUGACUGGAAGACAACGUGUCUGUCCGAAAGAGCAGACUCGAGUGAAAUGAGAUGGAUGUGGCAAGCUCUGUGGGGCUGCCCCCGAGAAAUAAAUGCUCUAGGCUCGAGGGUCGGUUUGCAGGUGUUAUCUGACUUUAGCACUUUACAAGCGAUUUUGUACUACGAAUGUUCGAGAUGGUUUAAUAUUUAUAACUGGUUUCUGAGGGGUCUGCUCUCGUCUACUGCAUGAGACAGGAAAACGUGUGUCCUUUUCAGUCUGUCAACAAUCAGGGGUGCCAAUGUUGGGAAGGGUGGGGAAAACAAAAACGAAAACCACCACAGGAUCGCUGAUCUGUAUGAGUGACGUUCUGGUACUUCUAGAUUUACAAUAAAUUUGUGGCUUUUUAUUUAA